CCAGGUAACUCAGGAAGCAGAAUGGUAAUUAUUCACAGAAGAAAGCAGGUAGUAUUCUGUUACAAUACUACAGUAGAAAGUCAGAAGGUCAUAACUCUAUCAGGGUAACUGAAACAACUUGAAACUGUUUGGCACCCUUUAAAAAGGAAUAAUAAGAUGGGAGAGAAUGAAGCAAGUUUACCUAACACGUCCUUGCAAGAAGCUUUAACCUCCCAUGGCUAAGGCUGAGUGAGAGACCUUGGGACCAUAAGCCACUAAAGAGACAAACCUUAUCUCCCUGGCAGGGGCACCACCUCUGCUCCUUUUACUUCACCCUGCCCGGCUCCCAAUGCUUGAUCGGUUAUCCUAUGACAGGUAAAAAGAUGGCCUAUCAAAAGGUCAAUGCAGAUCAAAGAGCUCCAGGACAUUCACAGUACUUAGACAAUGAUGACCUUCAAGCCACUGCCCUUGACUUAGAGUGGGACAUGGAAAAGGAACUGGAGGAGCCUGGUUUUGACCAGUUCCAGCUAGAUGGUGCUGAGCAUCAGAACCUGGAGAAUUCAGAGACUGCAGACCUCAGUCUUGAUUCCAUUCAGCCAGCAACUUCACCCAAAGGCAGGUUCCAGCGACUUCAGGAAGAGACUGACUAUGCUCCCCGUUACACAAGAUCUGCACCAAAGAGCAACCACUGCAACUUUUGCUGCCUAUUAAAAAUACUUUGCACAGCCAUCAUUUUAUUUAUUUUUGGCAUUUUGAUAGGCUAUUAUGCACAUGAGAAUUGCCCUUCAAAUGCUACUUCUUCAGGAACACUUGAUCAUCAGUUAUAUGAAGAGAUUCUCAAGACAAUCCAAGCAGAAGAUAUUAAGAAAACUUUCAGAAACUUGGUACAACUGUACAGAAGUGAAGAUGACACAGACAUUUCAAAGACAAUUAAGACUCAGUGGACUUCUCUGGGCCUUGAAGAUGUGCAGUCAGUAAAUUACUCUGUGCUGCUUAAUCUGCCAGGCCCGUCUCCCAGCUCUGUGACUCUGAGCAGCAGUGGCCAAUGCUUUCAUCCUAAUGGCCAGCCUUGCAGUGAAGAUGCCAGAACACAGAGCAGCCAAGAUCUGCUCUACUCGUACGCAGCCUAUUCUGCCAAAGGAACUCUCGAGGCUAAAGUCAUUGACGUGAGUUAUGGAAAUAUAGAUGAUUUACAAAGGAUUAAAAAGAUGAGAAAUGUAACAAACCAGAUUGCACUCCUGAAAUUAGGAAAAUUGCCACUACUUUAUAAGCUUUCCUUGUUGGAAAAGGCUGGAUUUGGAGGUGUGCUUCUAUAUAUUGAUCCUUGUGACUUACCAAAGACUGCAGAUCUUAGCUACGACACAUUCAUGGUGUCAUUGAAUCCAGGAGGAGACCCUUCUACGCCUGGUUACCCAAGUGUCGUUGGAAGCUUCAGGCAAGACCGAGCAAACCUCACCUCUCUUCUAGUGCAGCCCAUCUCAGCGGCCCUCGUUGCAAAACUGGUCUCUUCAUCUAAACAUGGAACCAAAAACGGUGCCUGUACCCCCAUCGAACUUCCACAUACUGAAGAAAGAAUUGUCAGCAUGCACAUUCAGACAGUCACAGAAUUCAAAACAGUUACUAAUGUUGUUGGGUAUUUAAAAGGUUUGACUUCUCCAGACCGGUAUGUCAUAGUGGGCAGCCACCAUCACACAGCAUCCAGUUACAGUGGACAAGAAUGGGCCAGUAGCACCGCUGUGAUCACAGCUUUUAUCCAGGCCUUGAUGUUCAGAGUUAAGAGAGGGUGGAGACCAGACCGCAGUAUUGUUUUUUGUUCCUGGGGAGGAACCGUUUGGGGCAAUAUUGGCUCAUAUGAAUGGGGAGAGGAUUUCAAGAAAGUUCUGCAGAGAAAUGUUGUUGCUUAUGUUAGUCUCCACAGCCCCAUGAAGGGCAACUCAAGUCUACAUUCUGUGGCUUCACCAUCUCUUCAGCAGCUGGUGGCAGAGAAAAAUAAACUCAACUGUUCCAGAAGAGCUCAGUGCCUGGAAACCAAUGUCAGUUCUGUACAGAUACAAGGUGACGCGGAUUAUUUCAUCAACUACCUUGGAGUUCCCACUGUGCAGUUUGUGUAUGAGGACACCAAGGCAGUACAGGAUCCAAGUUUUCUCUCCGAGGCCCUUUUUCCUAAAGAUGCAAAGAAAAUGGAAGAAAUGGAUCCUUUUUUUAAACUUCAUGAAACCAUCACCAAGCUCUCAGGAGAAGUGAUUUUACAAAUUGCCAAUGAACCAGUUCUGCCCUUUAAUGCUCUCGAUAUAGCUUUAGAAGUUCAAAACAGCCUUAAAGGUGAUCAAACCAACACUCAUCAACUACUAGCCCUGGCCUCACACCUUCGGGAAAGUGCUGAACUCUUCCAGUCAGAUGAGAUGCGUCCUGCUAAUGACCCAAAGGAGAGAGUUCCUCUGCGUGUCCGAAUGCUGAAUGACAUUCUCCAGGACAUGGAGAAGAACUUCCUGGUUCCGCAAGUGCCACCAGGUUUUUAUAGAAACAUCCUGUAUCACCUUGAUGACAAGACAAGUCAGUUUUCGAUACUCCUGGAAGCGUGGGAGCACCGCCAGCCCCUUGCAUCCAAUGAGACCUUUCGAGAAGCUCUGUCAAAGGUGUUGCACAGCAUUAAUUCAGCUCAGGGUCACUUCAAAGCAGGACUUAACGUGUUCGACAGUGUCUUGGAUGGAAAUAACUGAGAAAAAUCUCAGCAUUUUUAAAAGGUUGCUUACAAUUUUCCAAACAAAAGCUCUAAUUUGAUCGGAUUUUCUGGCAUUGAAGUUUUUUCCCCUCAAUGACUUUUUACACAAAUCUGAAGAUGACAUUAUUACAUUGUAUUUUAAUGGACAUACAAAAAGAGCAUUUUGCACAUUUAAUAUUUUUCUUAUAUCUACAUUUCUGAAUAUGUAAAAGCAGUUAUUGAAAUAAUACUUAAGAUUUAUGUAUGAAAAAGAAAUCUACUGUAUUUUUAUAUAUAUAAAAUAUUGGGGGGAAAUGUUCCGAGAAGUUUUGGACAAUCUUCACUCCUAUGGAUAAAGCCCAUAGGAACAGAAGUUGUGUCUUAUAUUAGAGCCUUUAAUGUCCUACUUUCUGUAAUAGAAAAGGAGGGUUGAUAUGGUUUCAGCAUAACUUCAUUAUUAAGUAUUCAAUAUGAAGAACUCACGUAUUUUGACUGAGUGAUUGGUUGACCAAAACCACUUUGAAUGUUUUUAUUUUAUGAAAUGAAGUGCCUGUUCGUACACAACUAGAUGUAGUAAUACACUGGUUAUGAAAUUGUAUUUUUUAAAGUAUUAAUGAAAAGAGAGCCAUAAACAUUCCAGGGAAAGAUCUUCAGGUAGCUGCACAGAGCAAUUUAAAUGCAAAUUUUCCCUAACAACUUAAAAGGUGACAAGCUUUGAAAUCUCUAAUUUGCCUCAGUUGAUUUUGUAAAAAAUUCAGAAGUGAUAUAUGCCUUAUGAGGGAUAAAUUUUUUAUUUCUCUGUGUGUUGUUUCUGUUAGAAGCUCUAAAACAGACUCCUCUAAAAUGAAAGCAUCUUGCAUUCUUUGAAAACCCAAAUAUCUUAAAAAGCAUUAAAUUGCUAUUUUGCCACCAACAAAAAGGACGUACUAUGAUAGAAAAAGUUGUUUUGAUCAAUGAAAAAAGUUCCUUAAUUCUAUGAGGAAACUUUUGAUAUGUUUUUCUUCCUUACCCAUAGUUCUGACAAAGAUGAAAAUAGAGAUAAUAUUCAUGAUCCUAAUUUUAUGUAGAAAAAAAACAGUGUUACUGUAUGAAUCAGUCUUUCCCACACUCCAAUUCUUUCCUCAUGUGAAAAAUGAAACUUUUCAUACUGACAUUGUCAUUGACUGGCCCUGACAUCCAUUAUUCCCCGAAACCCCAGACUUCUGUAGGUGACAGUUUAAACUUUUAGCUUGCCGUUAGAAAAUGAUUUGAAUUUUUUUCUUCUGAUAUUGGAUAAAGCAAAUCCCCUGAGGAGACAUCUUCAGAAUAUUUCAUGUGAUUUUCUUUCUCUACUCAACAAACACACUUUCCCAUUAUACACGGCUGCAAUAUACAUUGCAGACAGCGCCUGUGUGUCUUAAGUCUUUGCUUUUUAUGGAUGAGCAUAAACCUAAUCUUAGUUUAAAAGAAACCUAAGUUGAGGGGAAAGAAUUAAUCAGUAUUGAUUAAUUGAUUUAUAAAGCUCAGCUGUUCCUACCCUAAGUAAUGUUUUUGUGCUCAAGGCAAAGAAGAAAACAGAGGCAAUUAGCUGGAUAAUUCGAGCAGUAAUCCAUUCAUUUGAUUGCUUGUGUGCGUAUAUUUUUACAUGAGAAAUUAAACUACCUUUUUUAAAAAAAAGCAAUAUACUUGUUUGUUUGAAAGUAUUUGCUGUGUCGAGGAGUUUCUACAGGAAAGGGCUAAAAGGGCAGGCAGCUGCACACCUCGACGUCCUCCCCCUCUUGCUGUCCGGAAACCAACAGCAGAAAAGAGGUGAGAAUAGGUGGAGGGACAGGGGUGGGGCCCAGUAAGGGGAUGCUGUGUUUACCAAAGGAUCUUCAAUACUCAGUCAAGCUUUAAGGUGUGCACCGCAGUUCUUCAUUUGAAGUUGAAUUUAAAGCAAAGAUAAAUAAUGAUCAGUUUGAUAGUUGAUCAUUUUAGAACAAAAUCCUAAGCAAAUUCACACCUUUAGGCUGUAAGAGCAUUGAAAGCACAAAAUAUUUUUGUUUGUGCAUUUUGUUUAAUGAUUCUGUACACAGGUAAACCACAUUGCACAGAUAAAAAUCCAAAUAUUAUGUAUUCUGCACUUCUGAAUUAUAUGCUAUUUGAUAUAUUAGAACUGAAGUUCACUCUGGAAUAACAUGUUUCCUCAGUCUAUUUGAGAGAUUAUGUGAAGAAAUGGAAUUAUAAUUAGAACAGAUGUCCACCAGUUUUACAGGGGCUGCUCUGUAUCUUUUGACUGCAACAAAAUUCUUUAACUGAGAGCUAUACUGCCGAGGUCUGAUUACUUCAGGUUCCUCCAAAUUUCUGUAAUUUUAAUUAUUUUCCCAUCGAUCCAGGUACAUAAAAUCCUUUGCAAGUUAACAAGUGUUUUUGGUGAAUUGGUAGUAGGUUUUAAUUCUUGAUGAGAUAUCUAGGUGCCUGUUAAUUCUCACAAUCCUUCAUGCAUAGACUUGUGUCAAGAUACAAUAAGCCAUAAAUGCCAAGAGAAUGUGACAAGCGUGCACCACUGGAACUUGGGUUCAAGAAGGGUACAUUUGGGAUGCUACCCUUUGUGGAAGAGCAUAUAUUCUGGAGUUAAAAGGAAGCCUAAGAAACAUUCAGAUCUAAGCCCUAAGGUGUUACCUUCAGCCAGGAAAAGCAUCAUCACCCCAUCAGGUGCAGUAACUGUAGCCAAAGUAAUUAAGAAACUUGGAUAUAGUCACAUAUUUAGCUCAUAGCAAAAAGCCCUACUGGAAUUUAAGCCUCUCUGCUUUGUCAUGCAGUAAAUCCAGCUCUCUCUGAGAUGCUAAGGUUAUAAACACUCUUUUCCAGCAAUCCUAUAACAUGAGCCAUUCUAUCAAACACUUUGUGAACUGGAAUCACUGCUUUAAUUAAGGUCUAGCUCAUCCAUUGUUUAUACCUGACAAACAAAACUUUCCCAGGGAAUCCACAUAAAGGACUGGGUACUCAGGAGGAAGUAAGUGGAGAGGGUUUCUACACGACGCCAGAAGUAUGAAGGAGGGUAUUGAGUUAAAUGCUUUUAUGAAAGCAUAUUUUAGAUCUAUAUUAAAUCAACAACCUAGCCCUAGCUGAUGUGGCUCAGUGGAUUGAGCACCGGACUAUGAACCAAAGGGUUGCCAGUUCCAUUCCCAGUCAGGACACAUGCCUGGGUUGUGGGCCAGGUCUCCAGUAGGGGGUGCUCAAGUUGCAACCACACAUUGAUGUUUCCCUCUUUCCCUUCCUUCCCCUCUUUAAAAAUAAAUAAAUAGAAUCUUUAAGAAAAUAAAUCAAUCAGUAAUCUGAAUUAGUGUUUCUCGAAAUGUGGAUUUUGGAAUGUGAGAACUAGUAAUUUUCAUCUUCAGAAGGAUUUCCCAGGUGACCAAUUAUGAACUCUGACGUUUAAAAUUUUUCAAUCUGCAUUACUUGCCAACAUAUCUUUUUAAAAAAAGUCACACUAACAAGAGGUACCUGAAGCCUUGCUAUUAAAUGAAAGAAAAUAAAACUCACCAUUGUAUCUCUCAAGAAAGGAUGCAGAUAGCUAACAGCUGUGCCUGCUACAUAUCAGGCAAUGUUUGCAUGUUUUUGUUAAUUGAAUUCCCACAACAAGCUUUUUUUUUAAUGUGGAAACUUAGUUGAGUGGCCAAAAGUUCUACAACUAAUUAAAGCAUCUGAGAUAUGUUCCUCUGAUAGCAAGUCCUCCGGUAUCAAGUCCUGUGUUCAUCACACUGAGUGCUAUGGAAAACAAUGGAGAGAUUAUUCAGUUAUAGAAAGUAAUAAACUUGAGAAUUUAAUGUAUUUCUGCAUAAUUAAUGAGACUGUUGUUUGUUUGACACUGCACUGGUUUAAUGAAGAAGUUUGAAGAAACAAAUUGCAUCAUUCCUUAUGAUGGUGGCCCACCCACCCCAACAAUGGUGUACAUAUGUAGAUAAGUUAGGUGAUAUCUAUAAGAGCAUUAAAAAUCAAUGUACCAUUGUAGAAUAUCACUACUCCCAGAUGUAAAAUAGUAAAAAAAGAACACAACCCACAUGUCUGAAUUUCCUCCUGAAAAUGCCUAUGUAAUUUCACUGGGAAUAAUAAAAUGAGCAGAUGCUUAGAUUUACAACCACAGUUUUAUAACAUCCUUGAAAACUUAGAAUAACUAAUUGACAUCUUAAGCUAAAUAAAUAUGGAACAUACCGUACAUUCCCCCAUUGGAAAGAUAAAUAUUAUAAAAAGAAAAUAAACUAUGAUUUAUUACCAUCUGCCUAAUAAUGAAUCAGCAUCUUUGCCUCAAAUGAAAAGCUAUUAUUACACAAUAAAUUGAUAGAUUUAGCUAAAAUAUUCUCAGAGACACGGUGUGGUAUGGGUAAUUAAUUAACACACAAAGUAAGCUUUCUCUGAGGAUAGCACAUUGUCAUAUUUUUGGUUUAAUGGGCUAUUUAGCUGUGUUUGGUCACACAUUCUCUUAAUAGAGAGGAAUUAUUUUUGAUUGCUAAUCCAUGUGUUGAGAGGAAGCGAAAUGGGUCUACAUAUUCCAAUAAAUGUAUCGACAACUUAAUAGCUCCAUGGUCAGAGCACGGAGGAAGCCCGGUGGGAAAAACCAAAGAAUGUGGUGUUUGAGAAAAUGGUUUCUGUCCAGCUGUAGUAGUGAAUCUUUAUUUCUUCCAUAUGUUUAAAUAGCUAGCUUUUAAAAAUCCCCAUUAGGAUCUGCUAUUCUGAUAAACCUUAAAAAACUUCAGAGUUCUAAGCACUCUAUUAAGUGCAAAUAUUUUUAGUUAAGUGGUUUGUUUAUGCAAUUCAAAUUUUGAAGUGAUAAGAAUUUAAAAGGAGAGUUGCAAAAAACCUGUUUUUGAAUUCAACUGACUUUGGUCACCAUAUCCACUUAACUUUCUGUUUUCUCUUCUAGUUAUACUUUAGCAGUGAGAUUAGGAUUUUUCUUUUUUACCUCAAAAAAGUAAUUUUAAGACCUAUUUGACUCAAUAUGCAUUUUUCUGUAAAUCAGACAGAAUCUCAUUUCCAUGAUAUGUUUUCAUGAUUCUUUGAGGGUGUGUACUGGAGAGCCUUUAACAUCCCUAGGACUGCCAGGAGUCUUGAGGCCUUGCUCAUUGUGAGAUGACAUAUUUCUUAAAGACAUUUAUAAUCUGAUAUUCCGAUUGUAUCAAAUUUACAAAGCUAGGGAUUAAAUUGAAGCACUUUCAGGUAGCAUUCAAGAAAGAGAAGCUGCUUCACAUUGGAACAUUUCUGCUUAGCUUAUUUUCUCUUUGAAGUAUAUAGUUAUAUAGCUUUCUGUAACCAAAAUGGUAAUUUUGAUAUUUUCAGCCAAAAUACAAUGAUUAAAACCAAAGAAAUGUAUGGAUACUCUAAUUUCUUAAGAGGAUUCUGUCAAGAAUUAACUCAGGAGCAGUCAGUUCAGUGCCCACCUCUAGACAAAGCUUGGCUGAGUGGGGACAGAGCCUGACAGUGUUCCGUCUAAUUCAUGUGACACCUUGAGCCAAUAAGCACUGAAGUAGCUUUUCUCAGAGGGAGACAGAUUCUAUUUUCCAGGGGCUAAUUAUUAUGCACCACCUCAGUCCCCAGAGGACUACACAAGUGCCUGCACUCUACCAUAUGUCAUGUGCUAUAAUCCAACAAGCUCAAGAGAUUAAUAUACAGUCAUUACUAUGAAUUAUUACGUUGCAUUGAAGUUAAUGUAGGUCUUUUGUUCUAAUUAAAGUGUAAACUUGACAUCUGAAAGAAGUCUUUUAACUAGGGAAGUGCUGUUAAUGUCUCUAUUUUAAUGAACUACAUAUAUUUUUCAAUCACAAUGUGUAAUUUUUUAAUUAUCUAGACUGCUCACUAAGUAAAACUCUCCAACUUCUUCAAAAAUUUUUUACUGAGUAUGUUGCAAUGCUGAAGAACCCUGCUUGGAGUGUGUUUUACCUUUUUUAAUUCUUAGCCAUUGUUGAAUCAUGUUUUUAGUAUAUGUAGUAGUGUUUUAUUAAUAUUAAUAAUUAAUAAUUAUUUGUUUUCCUUUAUAUCAAGCUGCUGCACAUAGACUGCCUUAUUUUGAAAGUCAGAAAAAUGCAAUUUCUCUAUAAAGACAAUUUUAUCACGUCUGUUUAACAAGAAACAAACAAAACAUUUUACUACACCACUGGAAAUUGUCUGCAGGAAACAAAAUGUCCAGAUGGUUAAGGGUAGCUCACAUAAUUAUAUUCCAAAGAUGUUAUAAAUAAUUCCUUUUAGAAGCUGAGAUAGGACUAUUAGUCACUAUUAGGUGACUAAGUAUUUACAUUUUACGCAGAAACUUUUAAUGGCAAAUAUAUCCCCUGCAUUUUAACUUGCUACUUGAAAAAUAUGAAUUGAAUUGUAUUCUGAAAAAGUUUUCUAGAACAUUUUGAAAGGCUAAUUUGUUUUAUAGACAUGUAAAAUUAUCAUUUUGAAAAUAGUUUCAUAUAUGUGAUUGUGAUGUUAAUAUGUACUAUGCAUUUUUCAAGUCAUAUCAGUGUAACAAUAUUUAGUUACAUAAAAUUAUAUAAUACAUAAAAUGUCUCAGUUGCAUAACAAUAAAAAAGAGCUAUAAAAUAAUGCAAAUGUUAGAAGAUUUAUAAAUUAACUUGGCAUAAAAUUUGGAGGGCAAUAUCUCCAAUUAAAUUUUCUCUGAUUAAGAGCAAAUAUAUCUGAAAAGUAUCUUUGUGACUAAAUUGCCCUCAACUGUUACAGUGUGAAAUAUUGUUCAAAAUAAUUUGAUUAUUAUCUGUGACUCAGAAAUCCUUUCAUAGAUAAUUUGAUAUUAUCCAUGACUUAGCAAAUUUCAUUGUAAAGAAAUUUUAAUGGUCAUUGUCUUUGUUGUGGUUGAUUUUUAAUGACAUUGAUUUAGAGGCAUGUGUCUAUGUUUUGCAAUUACUGUAUCAAGUUGAAUGUCUAAUCUCUAUAAUGUGUGGGUGUCCAUCAGGAAUUUGGUGUUUUCUAUAUUUAGCCUAAGUGUGAUCUCACCGAUUUGAUAAUGUUUUAUCAAUACAUAUUACUCAAAUGACUCAGUAUGAACUUACUUGGGAAAGUAUGUUGUGAUUUGGAGUGACCCAAAUGGGAUUGAAAUAAUAAAUUGAGAAUCCAAGUGAACAUUUUAUAUUUCACUUACUUAAAUAUCUGCACAUAAUUUAAAACAUAGUAUUAUGGAAUGAAGGCAUCUCUUAAGGAAUAUGUUCUAAUUCAUAAAUGCAAUGAGUAUGUACAAUAAAAUGGUAAUAUUUAA